CGUGUUUAUGCAAGGAUGCCCAACGUCACGGUAUCGCCUUACUUUAACCUCACCAUGUUCGUGAACAUCGGGCCGUACCGCUACCCGGCGUUGGCCGCGUGCCUCCUGCUUUACGUCUUCAUCGUGUGCGCCAACUGGACCGUCGCGCUGACGGUCUGCUCUGAGAAGACCCUUCACGAGCCCAUGUACAUAUUCGUCGCCGGCUUGUCCUUCAACGCCCUGUACGGCUCCACCAGCUUCUUCCCCCGCUUCCUGCUGGACCUGGCCUCCGACGCUCACCUGAUCUCGCGCGCCGCCUGCUUCACGCAGAUCUACUUCAUCUACACGUACGCCGCCAACGAGAUGACCACGCUGUGCGUCAUGGCCUACGACCGCUACCUGGCCGUGUGCCACCCGCUGCGCUACCACACCAGGAUGACGGCGAAAAAGGCCCUGACCCUGGUCGGCCUGGCGUGGCUCUUCCCAGUCUUCAUUCUCACCACGGUCAUCUACCUGUCGGCAACGCUGCCCCUGUGCGGCGACGAGAUCCAGAAGGUGUUCUGCGCCAACUGGAACGUGGUCAAGCUGUCGUGCGUGCCCACCGUGGUCAACAACGUGGUGGGCAUGUUCAUGACUAUCAGUACCGUUUUCCUCCCUUUGGCCUUCGUCCUCUAUACGUACACCCGCAUCAUAAAUGUCAGCUGGAGACGCUCAGACAAAUUCAAAGGGAGAGUCUUCCAGAGCUGUAUGCCGCACAUGGUCUCCUUUGUCGUUUAUUCCGUCGCCAUAUUUUGUGAUAUUGCCCUGAGCAGGUACAAUGUCGAGGAGAUGAACUCAUUCGUGGCCAUUAUCUUAUCUCUGGAGUUCGUGGUCAUUCCGCCGCUUCUCAACCCCGUUUUGUACGGUCUAAAGCUAACAGACAUACGGAGACACAUCUUCAAGAUGCUGUGAGAGCAUGAAAACAACACUAACGGAUACUCGAGAUUACCGUUUGUCUUCAUUAAGGG